CCACCGAGAGCCACGGGAGCCACCGGAGCCGCCGGGAUGAGCGCUCUCGCCUUCGACGACGCGGCCCUGGAGGGGCUGGCACCGUCCCUCGGCCUCUCCGGGGCCAGCGACAUCGACACGGCCCUGCUCAGCGACAUCGACGACAUGCUGCAGCUGAUCAACACGCCGGACAAUGACUUCUCGGGGUUGUUCGACUCACCGUUCAGUGCCCCGGACAGCGCCGUGCCCCCAGGGCUCCCCUCCACGCCGGGCACCCUCAACACCUUCCUGGGUCCCAGCAAGCCUCCCCCUGCUGCCCCCACCGGCAGCACCUACGGGGGACCCCCCGGGAUGGCCACCUUCACUCCGCCGCCCCCGGCCCCGCUCCUGCCGGCCCCAUCUCUGGGUGUCAAGGAGGAGCCAUCGGUGGUGCCCAGCAGCCAGCCCCAGCCCGGCGUCAUGCUGGCCCCCAGCUUCGUCCCUGCGUCCCCCAGCCCGUUCAGUCCCCAGCCCUUGGUGGGCUACCAGAACCAGCACAGCUUCUCUGCUGUGCAGCCUGUGAGUUCGGGGCAGACCCUGCCCAGCCCUUUGCCUGCCCCACAACCCAGCCAGCCCGUGACACUGCCUGGCCCCGUGCAGAGUGUGGCACCCCAGCAGCUCCUGGCCCCCGCCACCCCCACCACCCAGUCUGUGUCACCACAGAUCCAGCCAGUGCCGGUUCUCCUGCAACCCCAUUUCAUCAAGGCUGACUCCCUGCUGCUAACGGCCGUCAAGACAGACGCCAGCAGUGCCAAGACUUCCACCAUCGCCUCCCUGGCCACCAGUGCCAGCAGCUCUGCCACCCCGCUCCAGGUGCCGGCGCUGGUGAGUGGAGGGACCAUCCUGGCCACGGUUCCACUGGUGGUGGACGCAGAGAAGCUGCCCAUCAACCGGCUGGCACCCAGCGGGAAGCCAGCCCUGGUGCAGAGCCGGGGCGAGAAGCGCACGGCCCACAACGCCAUCGAGAAGCGCUACCGCUCCUCCAUCAACGACAAGAUCGUGGAGCUCAAGGACCUGGUGGUGGGCACUGAGGCCAAGCUCAACAAGUCGGCGAUCCUGAGGAAGGCUAUUGAGUACAUCCGCUUCCUGCAGCAGAGCAACCAGAAGCUGAAGCAGGAGAACCUCGCCCUGAAGAUGGCCAUGCAGAAGAAGCAGCCCACGAAGGACCUGGGGACCCACUACAGCCAGGGAGCCAAGGCAGAGGCCCCCAUGGAGGUGGUGAAGGCAGAGGUGAUGGAGAUGCUGACACCACCACCCUCUGACGUGGGCUCGCCAUCCCACAGCAGCCCACUGUCACUCAGCGGUGGCAGCAGCAACAACAGCAGUGACUCAGAGCCUGACAGUCCCCUCUGUGCCCAUGGCAAGGUGAAGCAGGAGCGCCCGCCGCCCUCGCCCAGCAGCCAGGGAAUGCUGGACCGCUCCCGCAUGGCCCUCUGCACCUUUGUCUUCCUCUGCCUCUCCUUCAACCCCCUGGCCUCCCUCCUCCGGGGUUCUGGGUCCACAGCCCCCCUGGGGAGCCAGGACACCGCUGGUCCCGGCAGGAGCAUCAUGGCUGAGUCUGGCACUUUGGAGGACCCAUGGGGGUGGACGCAGUGGCUGUGGCCCACACUGGCCUUCUGGGCACUGAACGUGGCGCUGGUGCUGGGCGCGGUGGUGCGGCUCUUCGUCUGCGGGGAGCCCGUCACUCGCCCCCACUCCGAGCCCUCCAUUCUCUUCUGGCGGCACCGCCGGCAGGCCGACCUCGACCUGGACCGGGGAGACUUCGCACAGGGAGCCCAGCACCUGCGGACGGCGCUCGGGGCGCUGGGGCGGCCGCUGCCGGCGUCCCACGGGGACCUGGCCUGCAGCCUGCUCUGGACACUCCUGCGCCACCUGCUCCAGCGCCUCUGGGUGGGUCGCUGGCUGGCUGCCCGUGCUGGGGGGCUGCGCCCGGACCCCCCACCCCCUGCCCACGUCCGCCAGAGUGCCCGCGACGCUGCCAUGGCUUAUCACCGCCUGCACCAGCUCCACCUCGCCGGGAAGCAGGCUGGGGGACAUCUGCUAGCCAUCAACCUGGCACUGAGUGCUGUCAACUUGGCUGAGUGUGCCGGUGACGCCAUCUCCGUGGCAGCGCUGGCUGAGAUCUACGUGGCUGCUGCCCUGCGGAUCAAGGCCAGCCUGCACCGCUGCUUCCACUUCCUGGCGCGCCCCUUCCUCUGCAGUGCCCGGCGUGUGGCCCUGUCCCACGGUGGGGCCGUGCCCCCUGCCAUGCAGUGGCUCUGCCACCCCUUGGGACACCGCUUCUUUGUUGACGGGGACUGGGCAGUCAAAGGUGUCCCCAGGGAAACCAUCUACAGCUCUGCCGGUAACCCAGUGGACCCGCUGGCACAGGUGACCCAGCUCUUCCGUGAGCACCUCCUGGAGAAGGCGCUGUGCUGUGUGGCCGUGCCCGAGUCCAGCCGUCCCACUGCCCAGGGAGAGGGGCGGUUCUCUGAUGCCCUCGAGUACCUCCAGCUGCUCAAUGGCUGCUCAGAUGUCAGUGGCACACCUGGCCCCAUGCCCUCCAUCACCUCCGGCUUGGCGGCUGUCACAGGCACCGACCCCGUGUCCAAGUGGUGGGCAUCCUUCAUUGGCAUCGUUAUCCACUGGCUACAGGGGGAUGAGGAGGGGGCUGAGCGCCUCUACCCGCUGGUGGAGACCAUGCCUCGGGCACUGCAGAGCUCUGAGAAGCCCCUUCCCCGUGCUGCCCUGCACUCUUUCCGAGCUGUCCGUGCCUUGCUGAGCAAACAGGAUGGGAGCCAGGCCACCCUAAGCCACUGUGAGAAGGCCAGCAGCUGCCUGCGCGAGAGCCUGGAGCUGGGCAGCCCCUCCAAAGGCACCAUCGACAAGGCAGUGCAGCUCCUGCUCUGUGACCUGCUCCUGGUCACCCGCACCAACUUGUGGCAGCAGCAGAUGGGGGCCAGCCAGCAGCGCAGCUGCCUCUACCAGGCAUCUGCCCUGGAGCUCCGCGGCUUCCAGCAGGACCUCAGCAGCCUGCGGCGCCUGGCACAGACCCUGCGCCCCGCCAUGCGCCGGGUGUUCCUGCACGAAGCCACUGCCAGGCUGAUGGCCCGGGCCAGCCCCACUCGCACCCACCAGCUGCUGGACCGCAGCCUGCGGAGGAGAGGGGUGCAGGGCAGCAAAACAGCUGGCGAGCCCGAAAGCCACCCCACCCCACGGGAACACGCCGAGGCGCUGCUGCUGGCCUGCUGCUACCUCCCUCCCAGCUUCCUGGCGGGCCCGGGCCAGCGCGUGGGGAUGCUGGCUGAGGCUGCCCGUACUCUGGACAAGCUGGGCGACCGCCGGACGCUGCACGACUGCCAGCAGAUGAUCAUCAAGCUGGGCAGCGGCACCACCGUCACGUCGGGAUAG